CAGUGUCACCCGGCUGUAAUCGCGGUCUUGCAUGCCUGUCGCGUUAUUAAUUUUUACUUUUUCUCUCAUAAAUACAUAGUAACGCUGAAUUUGAGUUGAUGAAGUGAACAAAAUAGCAUACAGUAUGGCGCGAUACGGGCAAAGACCGGAAAAUGCUCUUAAACGAGCUAGUGAGUUUAUGGACCUGGAUAAGCCAGCCAGAGCUUUGGACACUCUGCAAGAGGUGUUCCGUAACAAGAAAUGGGCUUACAACUGGUCAGAAUCUGUAUUAGAGCCGAUCAUGUUCAAAUAUUUGGAGCUCUGUGUCGACCUCCGGAAGUCUCAUAUUGCGAAGGAAGGCCUUUUUCAGUACAGGAACAUGUUUCAAUCUGUGAAUGUAGGAUCAUUGGAGCAAGUAAUAAGAGGCUAUUUGCGAAUGGCUGAAGAGCGUACAGAAGCUGCUAGAGCACAGUCAACGCAAGCUGUCAUUGAAACUGAUGACUUGGAUAACUUAGCCACUCCUGAGAGCAUCCUCUUGAGUGCAGUUUCUGGUGAAGAUGCUCAAGAUCGUUCUGAUAGAACUAUUCUAACACCAUGGGUCAAAUUUCUCUGGGAAUCCUAUUGCCAGUGCUUGGAGUUACUCCGCACCAAUGCUCAUGUGGAGACUCUGUAUCAUGAUAUUGCACGCAUGGCAUUUCAAUUUUGCCUCAAGUACUCUCGCAAGACUGAGUUCAGGAAACUCUGUGACAAGCUCCGGAAGCAUCUUGAAGACAUCUGUAAGCCUAAUGUACAAACAGGAAAUGUGAGCAUUUCUAAACCUGAGACUCAGCAGCUGAACCUUGAGACCAGACUCUUUCAGCUGGAUAGUGCUAUUCAGAUGGAGUUAUGGCAGGAAGCGUACAAAGCAAUCGAAGACAUCCACAAUCUCAUGAACAUGUCAAAGAAGACUCCUGUGGCGAAAACCAUGGCCAACUACUAUGGUAAAUUGGCACUGGUGUUUUGGAAGGCUGGACAUUGCCUGUUCCACGCUGCUGCACUACUCAAGCUGUUCCAGUUGUCCAGAGAAAUGAAGAAGAAUAUCACACAGGAAGAACUUCAAAAGAUGGCAUGUCGUGUUCUGGUGGCCGUUUUGUCAGUUCCUCUCCCGUCGCUACAUCCUGAAUUUGACCGGUUCGUGGACACUGACAAGAGUCCGGUGGAGAAGGCUCAACGGCUCGCCGUCCUACUCGGAUUAGCUCAACCACCGACUAGAACUAGUCUGCUCAAAGAUGUGGUUAGACUGAACGUGGUAGGUCUGGCGUCGCCUCAGCUGCAGCAGUUGUACGCGUGGUUGGAGGUCGAAUUCGACCCGCACAGUAUAUGUCAUAACGUGAAGGGUGUCAUCAAGUCUUUACAGGAGGAGCCAAAUUCCCCUCUCGCCCAAUACACACAUGCGUUGAACGACGUCGCCUUGGUUAGGUUGAUACGUCAAGUGGCCCAGUGUUACGCGUGUAUCAAGUUCGAGAGACUUCUCGAGUUGGCCGGUACUGAAGAUCUGUUCCAUAUGGAACGUCUGCUCGUCGACUGCGUGCGACACAACGAUAUGCAGAUACGAGUCGAUCAUGCCAACAAAUCCGUACAUUUCGGCGUUGAAGCAGGCGGCGGUGAGUGGUGUUCCGCAGCAGACGAAGCUUGCGGUGGAGCUAUACUGCAAGCGACACCUGCUGAACAGGUACGCGAGCAACUAGUACGCGCCGCGGAGGUAUUAUCGGUCGCCGCUCAGACCCUGUUCCCGGGUCGUCGUCGCGCCGACAGGGAACGUGCCCGCGUGCAUAUGGUCCAGCACUACCACGAGAACAAGCACGCGGAGCACGCGCGCGUGCUACAACGGCACAAGAUCAUCGAAGAGAGGAAGGAGUAUAUAGAGCGGUUGAACACUGUCAGGGAAGAGGAGGAACUCAGACGUCAAGAGGAACAAUUGCGCGCGGCCGCAGCCGCAGAAGCCCGCCGUCUGGAACAAGAGAGGGAGGAGAGAGAGAAGAGAAAGCAUGCAUCCGAACUGGCUGCCAUGAAGGAGAGGCAUAGGAGAGAACGUAUGGCGCACAUAUCUCAGACUGCGCAUGGCAAGAAGAUGCUGCAAAAACUCGACGAAGAGGAAAUAAAAAAAAUGGACGCCGAAGCAAUCGCACAGCGCGAGGCCGAAGAACUGAUGAAGGAACGUCGCGAGCUUCAAGCCAGGCUCAAAUCACAGGAAAAGAAGGUUGAUUACUUUGAGCGCGCGAAACGCCUGGAAGAGAUUCCCUUGCUGCAAAAGAGCUUAGAAGAGAAACAGGUACAAGACAAGGCUUUCUGGGAACAACAAGAGAAGGAGCGUAUUCAACAAUUGAUUGAGGCGCGCGCUCGCGACGUGGCUACGUCUGAACGUCUAGUUCGUAUGUUGGCGCAUCGCGACGAGUUUGUAACUAAACUGCAAUCUGAACGCGGCACCGCGCAUCAACAACGUCUCGCCGCAUUCCACGAGAAGUUAACCGCCGAGCGAGAGAAGAGACUCGCCGAAAGACGUAAGCAACGCAUCGAGCAACGCCGACAGGAUUGGUUGGCUGAGAAACGUCGCGCAGAGGAGAGAGCCGCUGAAGAGGCGCGUCGCAUUAAAGAGGAGGAAGAGAGACGCGAGAGGGAGGAGCGAGACCGCAAGAUGGCCGAAGAAUUGGCCGCACAGCGUGAAAAAGAACGCGAGAAAGAGAGGGAGCAUCAAGAGUACCUGGCACGCGUGGAAGCGAAGGCUCGCGCUAAAGAAGCGGAAGUGCAGAGGAAGCUGGAGGAACAGAAAGCGGCCGCCAUGUCAAGCUGGAGGAGAGGCGGCGAGAAGGAUGACGCCUGGAGGAAGCCCGCUGCUCCACCUGCUACCACUGCUGCCCCAGCUACUGCUGCUGCUGAACAGAAACCGCCCGAGAAGAAGGCGGAGCCUUGGAGAUCAAGUCGAACUCGUGAACCACCAAGGAGUGAUGAACGUCCACGAUCACCAGAACGAGCUCGUGACCGUCCAAGGGAUGAAAGACCACCACUCAGGGAUGAAAGGCCCCGCUACACGGGUCGGUCCAGUGGACCGGACAGCGGCAGCAGUUGGCGGCGUGGUCCAGCUGAAUCACCAGCAGCUUCUACUGGGGAACGUGCGUCGAAUACAUGGCGAUCGAGGGAUGCUCCACCUCGUGGCGGCGGCGAGGAUCGGGACCGCGAUCGUGGCGGCGACCGCGAUCGCUACCGUGAUGCGCCACCUCGCGGCGGCGGCGAGGAUCGCGAUCGCGACCGUUAUCGUGAUGCACCGCCUCGCGGCGGCGGUGAGGAUCGCGACCGCGACCGUGGUGGGGAUCGCGACCGCUAUCGUGACGCACCACCACGCGCUGGCGGCGAGGAUCGUGACCGUGACCGCGGCGGCGAUCGCGACCGCUAUCGUGACGCACCGCGCGGUGGUGAUCGUGAUCGUGACUUUCGUGAUCGCGAUCGCGACCGCUAUCCCCCAAGGAGAGAUGACGGACCGAGGAGGGAUGAUCGCGAUGGUCCUAGACGCGAUGAACGUGAUGCUCCGCGACGUGACGAUCGCGAGCGACGCCCGCCGCCACCGCGACGUGAUGAGAAACCUCGCGAUCCUGAUGGCGAUGACUGGCAACCGGUCACCAGGCGCUAAGGCAAACAUUGUCUCAAACAAUUAUUAUGCAUAUACUUGUAAAGGGUUCAGUAGGAAUAUACUAACCUAACUUUGUGUCUAGACUGUAUUUUCCUUUAUUUCAUCCUUUGCCUUUUUCUUAUAUUUCUGUAAACGUCACGGACUUAUAAUGUAUAGUAGCUUGCGAAUCACAAAAAUAAAUGUACCUAAAUUUAGCUCUUACGAAAUUUUCUGUUUGAUAAUAUUGAAAAAUUGUAUUAAAAUUGUAUGAUUUGGCGAUGUUAACAUGAACGAAGUGUAUGCAGUGAUAUAAAAAAUGUAUGUUAUCGUUUCUCAAAUUGUACUCCGUGGAGCUGUACAAAUGAGGGUACAUGAUAAUAUUGGUCAAAGGCUUGCAGUUACACAAAAAUAUGUAUAUGAUUCAUUAUAUAUGCUGAUUGUAUAUGCUGCGUUUGAGUAUUUGGUUUCUAAAAGGUUUCCAACGCCAAUAAAGUUUGAGGCAUGCUGUGGCAUGGUAAUAAAUUGCUUAUUAUUUUGUCUUAUUACUUUUCUUGUAGAAUAGCAUCUCCAAUACGUGCUUCACUUCUUAGCAGUAGGGUCUUAUUUUGUAAGUCAUUGAUUUGACACUGAUUUUACAACCUAUGAAAAAUAUUCUACUUACCACAGCAGUAUAGAAUUAAUUAUAUAAAAAUAAUAUAUGGUAAUUAUUUUAUAGAUUCAGUUAUUUAAAUAAAAAUAGCGUUAUUAAACAAACUGAUAUAUUUUGUUUUGUGCUGGCACUCCUAUUGAACCCUAGUAUGUUCUUAACUAUGUUACAUUUUGUAAGUCGAUUGCAUUAUUAUUAUCGAUGUUUGCUUACACGUUAUUAUGCCAUUGUAAUACUGAAGCACAUAUAUAGUACAUGCUAAUAUAACGCUAUGGGAU